CUACCAGCAUCCUGAAGCGGUCCUAAAUGAACAAAUGUGUGCCCCGGCUUCACACCGGUGAAAUCUCCUGUGCGGGUUUGAACACGGUGAAGGUUUCGGGUUGUCUUCAAGAUUGCCGUCUUAUUUGGAGACUGCAGAUUUGGACGGAGAACAUCGAACCUUAAAACGUGCAGAACCGUACGAGGCCUGUUUGAAUAGCAAAGAUCUUUCCAGGUGGAAAUUUGGAACAACUCGUAUUGCAGAUCGAGCAAGAUGGAAUACACGGACAGUACUGUUGAUGACCUUUUCUCAGAUGCUGCUACCCUGGACUUGGAGAUUGGUAGCGACUACAAUAUGGAGGAGGUUGAAAUGGAUAGCGAAACAGAGGCCGAGGACGAUACUGCGUCGGAGGACCUGAAUGCUACAAUGAAAUCAAUACAGAAGCUAACUUUCCUUAUGGGCAAGAACAAGGGGAUUGCAGCAGGUUUAUCAACCAAAGUAAAGACCUAUGGAGAAGUUAUGGAUGACUUCGUCAGGAAUUUCCUCAUUCAGAAUGGCUGUGUGAGGACUGUCGAGUGUUUUGAGACAGAGUGGUACGACUUGAAGGAACAGGGCCGAUUGCUAGACUGUCAUCUUUCUGAGCCACCUGAUGAGUAUACCCGUUCCCUGGAAGUCCAGGGCAUCUUGUCGAAAGUACAACAGCAGCUGAAACAAGCCAACCUCCUUGCCCAAUGUAGGCAAGAAAUGACGGAUAAAUUCCGAAAGGAGCGAAAUGUGCACCGCAUGCAUCACUGUCGUAUCGCUCAAGAAAAGAACAAGCUCAUAAACGAUAUCAAGCUUCUACGGAAACACUAUGCCCGAUAUGAGCCUGUAAUACGAGCGUUGAAGAAAAAGUUCGAAUAUGUAACGCGUGCGAAGGCAAUGCUUAUGAUGGAGCGCGAUAAACUGAAGGACUUGAUUGACAAGGCUGGCCUCAACAAAGGGGAUGACACUGAAUCUGUAGUUCAACAAGAAGAAAAAAGUGAACCUGUUGCUAUGUACAUGGGGAAGCCAGACCCUCUUGUAAUGAUUCGACCAGAUCGUAGAACAAUCAUAGAUGCUACUCCGAAGCCUUCGAAUGUCCAUAAAUUCACUUUGCGCAGAACCUUCAAAGGUCACUCAAUGUCCGUGAGCAAUGUCGUGGUUCAUCCCAAAAAGCCGGUGGUUGUAACUGCGUCAGAUGAUGCUACUUGGCGGAUGUGGGGGCUGCCCGCGGGUGAUCUGAUAAUGACAGGAGAUGGGCACAAGGACUGGGUUUCCGGCCUCAGCUUCCAUCCAAGCGGAAUGCAGCUCGCAUCAUCCUCAGGAGACUGUACAGUGAAAAUUUGGAGCUUCGAGAAGGCUCGUUGCACUCACACCUUUUCCGACCACACUCAGGCAGUUUGGGCAGUUUCGUAUCAUGAAAGCGGAGAGGUCCUCGGAAGCUCCUCUCUUGACAACACUGCCCGUAUCUGGGAUCUUUCCAGCAUGAAGUGUCGAGGAACUCUGAGGGGCCAUGUGGACUCGGUGAACUCGGUCAUGUGGCAGUCGUACAGCAGCAUACUUUGUACAUCGUCCAGUGACAAAACCGUCAGCUUGUGGGAUGCCAGGAACGCGCUUUGUGUCCAGACAUUUUACGGGCACGAAGCGUCCUGCAAUCAUGCAACUUUUAGUCCCAGGGGUAAUUUGGUAGCAUCUGUCGAUGCCGAUGGAGUAUUAAAAAUUUGGGAUGUUCGUCAAGUGAUGGAACGUCACAUGCUCAAUGUGGGACCCCAUUCCGCCAACAAAGUCUGUUUCGACGCCAGUGGAACUAUGAUUGCCAUUGCUAGCAAUGACGGCCAUAUUAAGUGUUUUCAACUCGGCAUGGAGCUGGUGCCGGUGAACGACCUGACAGGUCACGAAGGGGCCGUGCAAGCUUUGAUGUUCGAUCCCGUGGGCAAGUUUUUGAUCUCGGGUGGCUCCGACGGUACCUUCAGGUGUUGGGCUUAGUUUAGUUAGAGCAACAUCUGAAACGUGCCCAGUGCGACACAACCUUUGCUUUGCUCCACUUUUCUUGGCCCAUCAAGUCAAACUCGGGUGCAUUGCAAAAGUGGGGCUCGACGAUACGUUCAUCAUCAUCAUGCGACGAUGGUUCGGAUGAUGUUUGUCCGCGAUGAUGUGAAUCUCUUCUGGCUCACAAGAAGGAGAGCUUCACACGUCGAACUGAACGUCGACAGUACGACCCCGGGCAUCGGAAAACAUGUUAGCAGUCGUGGAGAUGCGCAGCAGCAGCAAAGUCCACUCGGAUCGGAUUGGCUAAGAACGACGACAACAACAAGGGUGUCAUUGGUUUCAGAACUCCUGGUCCUCACGGCUGCUCCAUAUGGGCCUGCCACGGGCCCUGGCUCGUUGUGACGGACCUUUAAAGGUGCCCUCGACGGACGAGGACAGCUGCUGGGUGCGAAUGGGAGCUUUGGGAGUCUGAGCUGGGAGUGGGGAGGGGAGGGGAGGACUUCUCUAAGUUCAUGAACCAUGGACCCUCCAGUACAGUGACAGUGAGGGGCUUGCAUUUUACCGAACGCUUUGGGUGUGGCCGCAGCCCCUAUAUAUUUAUUAAUCUAUCCAUCUAUCCAUGUAUCUAUCUAUGUAUCUAUCUUGAGCUGGAAAAGUAUUGUACGUGCGACUGCGAAAUCCAGGGUCACGAUGAUUGGGGAUGUUCAUGCUCCAGGCAAGAAGUAUUAUUCCUGCAAUGUACCUUGGGUGAAUAAUCGCCUCCCUAGGAAGGAAGGAAGGAAAGCAAACAAGAAGCCGACCUUGACUGGAUAAAGUUCCAAUGAUUUGCCGAAAGCCUCGUGAUUCGAUCAAACGGAAAGAUUUUGUUGCACUUUACAGCGCUUCGGCUGGCUCACUUUCUGACGC